CACACACUUCCAUGUCUUCCUCAAGUGACGAAACUUGUCUGAACUGAGAAGUAUACGUAGGAAAUUAAAAUUCAGGACAUUUUGUCUUUCACCAGGAAUUGAAAGUCUCCUUUCAGGUUCCAAACGCGACGCGUCGACGGAAACAACGCGAGCUGGAUCCUGCUGAGUAACUUUCCUCUUCCAGCUUCCACACUGAAUCAGAUCCUAAUCCGGUUUGAGAGAGCUGUGUGUGUGUGUGUGUGUGUGUGUGUGUGAGUCAUGGCGCUGUGGCAGCAGGCGGACGUGGCUGUAUCUGAGCAGGUUGUGGUGUUGUUGUCGUGUGCUGUGUCGGUGUUGGGCUCUGUGCUGGUCGUGAGUUCGUACCUGCUGUGGCCCGACCUGAGGACCACCCCGAGGCAGCUCUUAGUCUUCCUCUCUGUGGCUGACUUCCUCUCUGCCCUCUCCUACUCAUACGGAGUUUAUCAGGUCUUUAAGGCAAACACUUGGGACUGUGUCGUCCAAGGAGCCGUUUCCACUUUCUCCAACACAAGCUCCUUCUUCUGGACUGUGGCUAUUGGUGUCUACCUGUACAUCUUCAUCGUGAAGUCCAGUCAGAGACUAGCCGACACUCUGGUCUUAUAUUUUCAUCUCAUCAGUUGGGGUGUUCCCCUGGCAAUCACAGUAGCAGCUGUGUCCCUGCAGAAGAUCGGCUAUGAUGCGUCCGAGGUGUCCGUUGGAUGGUGCUGGAUCAGCAUUGAAGAAGACGAUCAUGUGAUGUGGAUGUUACUGACUGGCAAAAUAUGGGAACUGCUUGCCUAUGUGAUACUGCCUGUGCUUUACAUCCUCAUCAAGAGACACAUUCACAAAGCGCAUGCAGCCCUCUCUGAGUACCGACCCAUCUUGGCCUGUAACCGACUUUCCCACUCAAUUCCUGCAAUGGCAGACAGAAAGCUCACCCUCAUCCCUAUCAUCUUCAUCAUACUGCGCAUAUGGAGCACUGUUCGCUUCGUGCUCCUGCUCACUGACUCUCCGGCCAGACAGAACCCUGUGCUGGUCACCUUACAUGGAAUCGGGAACACCUUUCAAGGAGCCGCAAACUGCAUCAUGUUUGUUCUGUGCACUCGGCCAAUACGGGCAAGACUAGCGGCUCAGUUCUGCUGCCGGAGCCAUGACACACAGAGCAACUCGGACAUGCCAUCCCAGUACACAGCUCAUACACACUCACUUUCUCACACAGACCGGCCUGGUGUCUCCCACACUGGGGAGGGUGAAAGUGAAGGUGAAAAGGAGGAGAAGUGAGUGUUAAAGUGAAAACCCGGUGGCUUGUUGACCUUCAGCGCCUGAGCGAGAACACCACACUCAAACGAGCCGCUCUGUAGCGUCUAGAAAAGUGUGCUUUCGCAGAAAAGCCGAUGCACUGUUAAAGUGAAGACCACGCUUUCUGCACGGAGGAGCGCGUGAAUGUGUGUGGGUGUCGAGUGCUCAAGAUCUAUUUUCUGAAAUCGGAGUGCCUUCAAGGAUUAAAGAAGACUAUAGUCACAUGAUACAGUCCCUCGAGUCCAAGUGCGCUUUAUGUUCACAGUGUAGCAGUGUCAUUUCUUUAUACUGGCACAUUUUUAUUUUCUCUUAAUUUUCAGCUCAGGGUUGUGAGAAUUUAGAGGACAUUUACAGUUUAGUGACCAAAACUCGGAACAUACUGUGGACAUAUUAUUCGAUUACCUCAGUUAAUUUCCCUGACUAAACUCAUCUCGCAGCACAGAGUGCCUUGGAAUGGACUAACACCGUGUUUGAAAUUCUGUUUUAAACAAAGUUGGAUAUGUAGCACGUCUAUUUUUUUUAAACUGCAACCAGACUGCUUUUGAUAAAUGUAAUGAUGAAAUCCGGUCUGGUGAAAUCUACAGGAUAUCUGGAUAAUUACUGCUACAGAUCAUUUUAUCUUUAUAGUAAAUGUCAUUUGAAUAGAAUUCAGUCAAAAGGGAAAUUUGUGGUUUUUACAUAGUACACUUUACUGAUAUACUAUUGAUGUGGGUUUUUUUUAAAUUAAUGUUCUGGUUUGUUAAGCUUUUUUUUUUUACUAAAGUUAUACUGACCAAGAGUCAUUUGAACCUAUUCCAGUGUGACUGUGUUUCAUUGUUAUCUGUGUUGAUAUGGUCACUAGCACACUGAAACAUCAUGAUCUUAUUUGAAAAUUCUUCCUGAAUUUUGAUCUCUAAAGCCAGUCAUAGUCCCCACAUAUCAUAUCCAUCCAAGCUAGUGUAGCUGGUAAACCACAGUCAACACACUUUUUGACUCCAAGUGAACGCUUUCCAUUCUUGAAGCUAGAGCUACAGAGCAGACAAGAGGAAGUAUCUAGUUGACACAUUUUGACUAAGCAUGUGACCGUAGACAAAAGGCUAUGCUGACGCUCACUAGGCCAUUUACUGACUCACUACUCCAGAGGCAACAGCUAGUGAUAAACAAGUCUUAUGAUUUCUCAGAAUCCCAAGUCCAAAAAUGUUGGGACGCUGUGGGAAAACAUAAAUAAAAAUAGAACGCAAUGAUUUGCAAAUCAUGGAAACCCUAUAUUUCGUUGAAAAUAAUACAAAGACAACAUAUCAAAGGUUGAAACAGAAUUGUUUGUUUGUUUUGAGAAAUAUAUGCUCAUUUUGAAUUUGAUUCCAGCAACACGGUUCAAAAAAAGUUGGGACAGGGGCAUGUUUACCACUGUGUUGCAUCACCUCUACUUUUAACAACACUCUAAAUAUAUGGGAACUGAGGAGUCCAAGUGCUGUAGAUUUGAAAGUGAAAUGUUGUCCCAUUCUUGCCUGAUGUACAGUUUCAGUUGUUCAACACUUCGGGGUCUCCUUUGUCGUAUUUUGUGCUGCAUAAUGCACCAAAUGUUUUAAAUGGGAGACAGGUCUGGACUGCAGGCAGGCCAGUUUAGCGCCUGGACUCUUGCUAUGGAGCCAUGCAGUGGUAAUACGUGCAGAAUCUAGUUUGGCAUUGUCUUGCUGAAAUAAGCAAAGCCUUCCCUGAAAAAGAUUUUGUCUGGAUGGCAGCACGUUGCUCUGAAACGUUCAGCAUUAAUGGUGCCUUCUGAGAUGUACAAGCUACCCAUGUUAGGUGCACUAAUGCACCCUCAUACCAUCACAGAUGCUGGCUUUUGAACUGUGCACUGAUAACAAGCCGGAUGGUCCCUCUUCUCUUUAGCCUAGAGGGUGUGGUGUCCGUGAUUUCUAAAAAGAAUUUAAAAUUUCAAUUCGUCAGACCACAGGACAGUUUUCCACUUCACCUCAGUCCAUCGUAAGAGCUCGGGCCCAGAGAAGGCGGCGGAGUUUCUGGAUAUUGUUUAUAUCUGGUUUUAACUUGCAUUUUUGGAUGCAAUGAUGAACUGUAUUCAUAGAUGAUGGUUUUCUGAAGUGUUCCUGAGCCCAUACAAUGAUUUCCACUACAGAAUUGUGUCUGCUUUUAAUGCAGUGCCGCCUGAGGGCCUGAAGAUCACAGGCAUUCGGUGUUGCUUUUCAGCCUUCUCCCUUACAUACAGAGAUUUUCCUGGAUUCUCUGAAUCUUUUAAUGAUAUUAUAUACCGUAAAUGAUGUGAUCCCCAAAUUUUUUGCAGUUUUACACUGUGGAACAUUAUUCUUAACUUAUUGCAUUGUUUGCCCAUGCAGUCUUUCACAGAGCAGUGAACCCCUCCCCAUCUUUACUUCUGAGAGACUCAGCCUCUCUGGGGUGCUCUUUGUAUACCCAAUCAUGUUACUGACCUGUUGCCAAUUAAUAUAAUUAGUCUUUUGUUGCCCUGUUCCAACUUUUUUUGAAACAUAUUGAAGAAAGAAAAAAAGAAAGAAAGCACAACUUUAUUCAUCACACACUUGUGAAAUUCCUCUCUGCAUUUAACCCAUCUGAAGCAGUGAACACACACGUGAGCAAUGAUUGCACACACAUAGAGCAGUGGGCAGCCUGUUAUCAGAGUGGUACAAAUCCAGUCCUGGAGGGCCAGAGUCCAGCAAAGUCUGAUCAUUUCACUGCAUGAAGACUAUGUGAUCAGGCACUGAUGUUGGACGAGAAGACCUGGCUCACAAUCAUCAUUUCAAUUCAUCCCAAAGGUGUUCAGUGGGGUUGAGGUCCAUGCCCUGUGUAGGUCGCUGGAGUUCCUCCACACCAAACUUGUCAAACCAUGGGCCUCCCGAUGAACAGUCAUACUGGAACAGGAAAAGGCCUUCCCCAAACUGUGGCCACAAAGUUGGUAUACUUUGUAUGCUAUAGCAUUAACAUUGCCCUUCACUGGAAAUAAGGGACCAGCCCAAACCCUGAAAACCAGCCCUAGACCAUUCUCAAACUUUGCUGUUGGCACUGUGCAUUCUGGUAGUUGGCAUUCUAGUAUCCGCCAAGGCCAGAUUCGUUCAUCAGACUGCCAGACAGUGAAGCGUGAUUCAUCCUUCCAAAGAACAUGUUUCCACCACUCCAGAGUUCGGUGGCGGCAUGUUUUACGCCACUCCAGCUGAUGCUUGGCAUUGCACAUAAUGAUCUAGGCUUGUGUGCAGCUGCUCAGCAAUGGGAACUCAUUUCAUGAAGCUCCAGAUGUGCAGUCCUUGUGCUGAUGUUGCUUCCAGAAGCAGUUUAGAACUCUCUAGUGAGUGAUGCAACAGAGAUUAGGUGAUUUUUACAUUAGAGCUCCAAACUUCAGGACUUGGAAACCCCUUUCUGUGAUUUGUGUGAUGUACCACUUCAUGGCUGUAUUCUUGAUACUAUUGUUACAGUUGACUUGAAUUUAAGUCCAAGUUGCCAUUAUUUAUAGAUCUGCCUGUUUUUGAGUAACCAAGGUUUGGAUUAAACCCAUUCAAUUCAACUGACCAGUAAAAUCUAAUGGCUUCAAUUCACAGAUCCCUGCAGGGCCCCAAACUGUUUUGCUGAUUUAGAGGGAUGUUAAAACACAUGGGCAGCCAGCUUAAAAUUUGCAAUGGCAUGGAAAUCCAUAUAGGUACUAUAAUUAGAAUGAACCCAUUAAAGAACUUGGCAAUAGUAUGUUAGUCAUGGAGUAUAAUGGUGUUGUCUAUGGAGAGAAAGUUCAAUUCCAUUUAUUAAUUUUUGCUGAUGUUUAUGAUGUGAGCCAAUAAUUCUGGAGUUACCCUUUGUAAGAUGUUUGCAUCUUGGAACAGAGAAAAAAAUCAUCAAAAUGUACUCCUCUUGGACUGGAGUUGUGCACAAUGGAUUAUAUGUAUACACUGUCAGAAAUAGGGGUACAGUAGGAGUCUAUUUCUGUACCCCAUGGUACAAUCUCCACUAAUGUACCCAUCCAUCCAUUAUCUGUAGCCACUUAUCCUGUUCUAUAGGGUUAUCCCAGCUGACUAUGGGCGAGAGGCGGGGUACACCCUGGACAAGUCGCCAGGUUAUCACAGGGCUGACACAAAGACAAACAACCAUUCACACUCACAUUCACACCUACGGUCAAUUUAGAGCCACCAAUUAACCUAACCUGCAUGUCUUUGGACUGUGGGGGAAACCGGAGCACCCGGAGGAAACCCGUGCAGACACAGGGAGAACAUGCAAACUUCACACAGAAAGGCCCUCGCCGGCCACUGGGCUCGAACUCAGGACCUUCUUGCUGUGAGGCGACAGUGCUAACCACUACACCAUCGUGCCGCCCUAAUGUACCCCCUAGGGCUAAUUAUUAGACCUCAAGGUAACUACGUGUCCCUUUUUAGGGCCAGAAAGGUACAUAUAUGGUCCCAAGCAGUAUAUAAAGGGUACAAAUAAGUACCUUAGAGGGUACUGCCCCAGUGACAAGCCAUUGUACCCCUAAAGGUACAAUAAUGCACUUUAUUUUCCGAGAGUGUAAAGAAACAUUAAAUAUUACUCAUCUCAUUAUCUCUAGCUGCUUUAUCCUGUUCUACAGGGUCGCAAGCAAGCUGGAGCCUAUCCCAGCUGACUACGGGCGAAAGGCGGGGUACACCCUGGACAAGUCGCCAGGUCAUCACAGGGCUGACACAUAGACACAGACAACCAUUCACACUCACACCUACAGUCAGUUAACCUAACCUGCAUGUCUUUGGACUGUGGGGGAAACCAGAGCACCUGGAGGAAACCCACAUGGACAUGGGGGGAACAUGCAAACUCCGCACAGAAAGGCCCUCGCCGGCCACGGGGCUCGAACCCAGGACCUUCUUGCUGUGAGGCGACAGCGCUAACCACUACACCACCGUGCCGCCGUUAAAUAUUACUGUGUUAAAGAAAUAAAAUAUCUUCAGUAUCAUCCAACAUGGUGCAGCAGAGGAUAAUUUUGCUGCCUAUUAGCUCAUGGGUCCCAGGUUUGAUCUUUUGCCUCAGGCGGAAUUUUACAUGUCCUCUUGUAGGUUUACAUGCCUGCAGGUGCACUGCCAACUCUUUCUUGCCCUGUGAACAAGCAUGUGAGUGUGUAUGUAUCGUGUACUGCAUUGGACUGGGUAUGGUGUAUUCCUGCCUUGUGCCCAGUGUUUCCAGGAUAGACUCCAGAUCCACCAAUCUUCAGAUUCUACAGAUCUGGAGCCUAAGACGAACUGAUGAAUAAAUGCUGCACAGUUAACCCUUGAAUGGUGUUCGGGUCUUUGGGACCGUUUUCAUUUUUUAUCAAAGGAACAAUGAUACGAUUAAUUAUUUUUUCAAACUCAGACUCAUUGGCCUUGGCUCAUUUUCUGUGAAGAACAUAUAUCAGAACACAUUUUCGAUGACCGCACAUUGUACACCCACCCUAUGCAUUUAUAUUACAUACAGGAUGUUCGGGUCCACUGGACCCCGGGCGAAUAAAAGUGUGUACCUUCACUCUGUCCUCCUCCUGUCUGGGCCUGCUGUUAGUGUGUGUGUGUGUGUUUUGUGUUUCUGCCCCUGCCGUUCAAGCACCGGCACCUGUCUGCUCUCACAUUCCUACACAUUUUACCCUCUGACUUGCGGGAACCAAGACAGAAGUUCCCAUAAAUUGGGGGCAGGACACAAUAAAUCUAGCUUUUCCAAUGUGGCUCCUUAUCACAACUGAUCAAGAUGGCCAAAAGAUUCUCUGCUCAGAUAGACUUGCAAAUGAUUUUGAAAGACGGAGAAGCUUUUGAUGAUGAUGUAGAGGAAGACGUUUCAGAACGUGAGGAUCACCUUUCUGAAAAUUCAGUCUGACAGUGACUUUGAAGAAGAGGAUGAGCUGGAGCAUCAGCCAGUCCCAAAACGAAGACAAGCAUGGGGAUGAUGUGUUGUAUAGACUGACAAUGAUUACUAUAUGUGUUCAGCUUGUGUUGUGUAAACUGAA